AUGGAGGCCGUGGAGCUUGAGCUGCUGUGCUGGGGCGACGGUGUUGCCGUGGCUAUUCAUCUGAUGCUGGCGGGCACGCCCGUGAAGUCGUUCGGCUCGCCGCUGUCUCGGUAUGGCGCGUCGUCAGCUGCCUCGGACGACAGCUCGGCCGGGCUGCCCGACUGUGCCAGCAGCGGGGCUGUUAGAGAAGCUGCAGCGGCGUUGGACGCCCCGCAACAAGGAUGCUUCGGCGGUGAUGGCAGCGACGGCGCCGCCACGCCGGUGGCGGCGAAGCAGCAGGGAGUAGCAGAGAUAAGCCCGCCAGCCAGCGAGGCAGCGGCGACCCAGGAGGAGGCUGUGGCCAUCCCCAGCAGCAGCGGCGACAUCCCCGGCGCAGCCAUGGAGGCAGUCAUGAGCAUGCUGCAGCAGCUGCUAGCAGGCCAAGGGCAGGAAAGCGCACAGCAGGACCAGGCGCCUGCACCUGCCGCGCCUCCGCCCGACACGCCGGGGGAGCCACCCUCCCCGAGGGCCGCAGGCGUGGCGGUCGGCGUGCCCGGCAGCGGUGGCGGCGGGGCGGCGCUCCCCGGGGGUGUGGAGAAGCUGCUGUGCCUGGAGCUUGAGGUGGUGCAGCUGCAGCAGAGCCUGCAGAUUGCGCAGCUGGAGUUUGAGGCCAGGACGGUGCAGCUGCACUCGCUCAAGCAGCGCGCCGACGACGCAGAGCAGCGGGCGCAGGCGGCAGAGGAGCGGGCGGCUGGGCUGGCGCAGCAGGCGCAUGCGCUGGAGCAGCAGGCGGGAGACUUGCAGUGCCAGCUGGGCGAGGCGGCGGCACGGCAGCAGCAGCUGUCGGCGCGGCUGGCUGCGGCUGCCUCCAAGCAGCAGGCAGCCGAGGAGGCGGCGGCGGGCCUGCGCCAGCAGCUGGCGGCUGCGCAGCAGGCCUCGGAGCAGGCGCAUGCCGAGCUGCGCAGGGCGGCCGCGGCGCAGGGGGAGUGGCAGGAGCGGGCGGCGGCGGCGCGCCACGAGGGCCAGCAGCUCAAGGUGCAUGUGGCGGCGGCGUGCGGGGCGCUCAAGGCCCUGGGCAUCCCGGUGCACAAGGUCUUCAGCAGGGCGGCGCUGGCGCUGGCAGGCCACGCCGUCGGCGGCGGCAUCCAGUCCCCGCCAGAGUCGCCAGCCGAGGUCUCAUCGGCCCUCAGCCCCUCGGCCUCGGCCCAGCCACUGGGGCGCCCCCCGCAGGUGCCCCGCCUGCAGCUCUCCACCAUCAGCCUGGAGCAGCUGCAACAGCAUGUGGCGGCAGCACAGCAGCAGGAGCAGCAGCAGGAGGAGGCGGCGGAGCAGCAGCAGCCGGAGCAGCAGCAGACGCGCAGCGCCGACCUGUUUGCUCAUGUUGUGGCGGCCGCUGACGGAGCCGCGGCGCCGGGCUUCCCGCCGCCCGCCUCUCCAGCCGAAACCAGCGCCUCCUCUCCGGUCCCUGCUCCCGCCAGCUGUCGCCGCCCGCCCGGGCUGCCGCCGCUGGCAACAGGCGGCGCGGGCGGGGCAGCGGCAGCAGACCUGGCGCCGCCGCUGCUCACGGCCCGGCGGGCGGUGUCGCCGGCGCAGCAGGAGCUGCUGGCGGCGGCGCAGCAGUGGCAGCUCACAGCUCGAUCGGCUCGAUCGGCAGCACCUGCAGAGGAGGAGGCGCUCAUUCCUGCCUACCGCCCACACCAGCUGUCCGCCACAGGGCCCCCCAUGUCGGCGCGCCACGUCCCCGCCACCGCAUGCACCGCCCGGGGAGGCCGCCACGCGACGCCACGGCUGCGCCCCGCUGGCGCCACCUCAGCGGCGGCCACGCCUGGCGGCAAGGCGCCGCGCCGGACGUACGGUCAGGACCCUUGCUUCUUGGAGAUCAAGGAGGCCUAUCAUGCAGUGGUGGCGGGCCAGGCGGGGCAGCAGGCCAGCCGCUGGGCGCGCUCCGCCUUCAGCAGCAGCAGCGCUGUUGAGAGCGAGCCUGGCAAGGUAGAGCCCAUGGUGCAGGGCCUGCUGCAGCUGUUCCGCAGGGAAGGGUUGCGCGUGCCGCUGCGCAAGUGCGGUCCCUGCCAGUACCAGCUGGGCUCCGCCAAGCUGUCGGUGCGCCUCGUCAGCGGCCGCCUCAGGGCGCGGGCAGGCGCGGGGCAGACGAUGGAUGUGCUGGAGUGGCUGGCCAAGCAGCCGGUGCAGCCCUAG